CUUCAGACUCUUCUAAUUCUUCUUCCAAGACAAUCACAACAAUGUCGGACCAAAAGCCCGUCGAACAGACCCCCGUGGCCGAGCCCGAGAAGCGUGAGGAAGCUCCCGUAGUAGCUGCGGAAGCUCCUGAAGCUCCUGAAGCUAGCGACAAGCCAUCGGAAACUCCCGCGGCUGCAACCACCGACGCUACCGACAAGGAAGCCGAGCCCAAGGCACAGGAGGCUGUUGAAGAAACCCCUGCUAAGGAGGCAGAGCCCGCGAAAGAUGCCCCCGCCGCCCCUGAGACCGAAGCGGCCCAGCCCGAGGAGCAGAAGCCCGAGCAGCCCGCAUACUUGACCAAGAUUCCCGGUCUGGCUCAGCUGUUCGAACAGCUACCCAAGAUCUUCAGCGAGACCAGCUACAAUGAGAUGUGGGGUGUGCAGCUCAAGGACAGUGAGGAUGUGCCCACGGUCAAUGUGUUGAUCAAAUUCCUCCGUGCCAACGAGGGCAACGUCCAGGGUGCCCAGGAUCAGUUGCGCAAGGCUCUUGAAUGGCGCAAGAAGACCAAUCCUCUUGCUUUGAUUGAGUCUGGUCGUUACAGUGCCACUAAGUAUGGUGGUCUCGGCUAUCUGACAACCUAUGAGCAGGACGGCCGCCCCCUGGUUUUCACCUGGAACAUCUACGGCGCUGUGAAGGAUGUUAGCGCGACCUUUGGCGAUUCCGACGAAUUCGUCAAGUGGCGCGCUGCCCUCAUGGAGUUGGCUGUGCAGGACUUAAAGUUGAAGGAUGCAACCGAGGUCAUCGACUAUGACGGCGAGAAGGACCCUUACCAGAUGAUUCAGGUGCACGACUACCUGAACGUCAAGUUUUUCCGCAUGGAUCCCUCUGUUCGUGCAGCCACCAAGAAGACCAUCGACACCUUCUCCACUGCCUACCCUGAGCUGCUGCGCGAGAAGUUCUUCGUCAAUGUCCCCAGCAUCAUGGGUUGGAUGUUCUCCGCCAUGAAGCUGUUCCUCAGCCGCAACACCACCCGCAAGUUCCACCCAAUCUCUAACGGUGCGAAUCUUGCUCGUGAGUUCCCCGCUUCGAUUGCGGACAAGAUCCCCAAGACCUACGGUGGAAAGGGACUCGAGCUGAAGGAUGAGGCACGAACUGUUCAACUGGUGGAGGAUAAGGUGGAGAAAGAGGAAACGAAGGAUGAGACCAAGCCUGCUGAAGCCUCUACCGAGAGUGCUGCCCCAGCUGUUCCCCCCAAGGAUGAGGAACCCGUCAAGAAGGAGACUCCAAAGGAGAAGCCCGUUGAGGAAGCUCCCAAGGAAGAGGCGCUCAAGGAAGAGCCCGUCAAGGUCGAGGCGGCAACCAAUGGAGAGCCCCUUAAGGAGGGAGCCCCCCAGGAGGAGAUCAAGGCUGUCGCCGAGGAGGCCAAGUAAAUUGUGCCCCUUGUUUCUGAAUGUGCGUUUUGUUGUGAUACCCGGAGGAUGAGUAGCUGCCAACGCUCUCUGCCCUUGCUUUAGCCUCAGGCAACUAGUGCCUUUUGUCUGGACUGAUAUUCCAAUUAAAGUCCAUACAUGAGUAAUAAUUGAUUGUUUCUAUCUGGAG